CAAACCAACUCAACAAUCAAACAUGCUUUCAUCUGCAUCCUUUCCUUCCACUCUCCCCGCCGCUAACUUCAUCGGAGGAUCCGUCGCUCCGCCGCCUUCUCGCGUCAGAUCCCGCCCGAUUGUCUCCUUCGCCACCGCUACAGCCACCGCAGAAGCACGCUCUACCUGGACGGACCAAAAGAGGCCUUCGUUUCUGAACCCCGACGCCAUCAUCCCUUCCUGCAGUUCUCUCUAUGAGGUUCUUGGUAUUCCCGCCGGUGCCUCCAGCCAGGAGAUCAAGGCGGCGUACCGGCGACUCGCCAGAGUCUGCCACCCGGACGUGGCGGCGAUCGAUCGGAAAAGCUCCUCGGCGGACGAGUUUAUGAGGAUUCACGAUGCUUACUGUACUUUGUCCGAUCCUGAGAAGCGCGCCACUUAUGAUCGGAGCCUAUUCGGGAUGCGGCAACGGCCGUUGUCGACGGCAUCCGUAUUUUCUGGCUACACCAGCCGGAACUGGGAAACGGACCAGUGCUGGUAGUGAGUCGACUCGGCCGAGUCACGAAAACAAGCGAGAAGGCGGAGUUAUUGAAACGCCUUGCCCUUGCCCUUGAUCAUAGUUAUUAGUUAGUUAUUACGUAUUAUACUACGUAUUUGUACAUGUACGCGUAGAUGUAGAGGCAACUUGCUAAUUUACAGAACUAGAAUCUGCUGAGUUUUGUCCCACCAAAAAAAAGGGGGUCACGAGUACUUACAGUGUACCCUUUCUUUUGUGUAAAAAUGAAAAAUUGAGAAAAAAGAAAAAGAAAAUUGACAUGUCUUCUUUUCAUGACUA